ACUGUGCUCAGAAGAAACCACUGACUAAGGUAUAUUCUUCUUUUCCAAUUACACAUUUCUCAAAGCAAUGUAAUUUCAUGGCUUAUGGACGGUUAGCAGACUUGAUAUUACUUUUCUUUCCGAAAUAUUUUAACAGGUCUGAUUCUAGGCAUAUUUUUUUCCAUGGUCUGAAGUGUAGGCAGGUAGCUGUUAUUUGAAUUAAUAUUUUCAGAGAGAUCCAAAAAAAGUUUGUCUUCAUCUGCUGUAUGAUGUCCUCAGUGAAUACAAAUAGUUUUUCUGUCAGAUGCUGUAUUAGUUACAUCUUCAUGGACUGCAACAAUUUUAUUUUUUUAAAUCAGAUAUAUGAAAUGCAUUUAUUUUAUUCAAAAGUUAAUUUUUAAUUACAUUGCAUUUUCUGUUUUCUUAGCUGUAGGUUUCCUAACUGCCUAAUCAGUUCUUUGUGUGUAUUUCUUGACAUUGACUUCUAUCAGAAUAGUUCUGCACAUGUUUUAAAGCCAGUCUGUCUAGUUAAACAAUUAGUAGAAUCAGACAUUUCUUCUAGUCAUGGAGGAGGAUACAUACUUCUUUCCUAUGGUAUUUACUCCUCACUUCUGAAGUGUGGCCACAUGGUAUCACUACAUAACUGCACCACAGUUUCCUUGAAUUGAAUUUCCUGUCUUUCUUCAUUUAUAUUUUUAAUGGGUUUAUUCAGUUUCUACUGAACUUCACUAAGUUAGAUAAAAAAUAAGCUAAUUAAUUACAAACAUUUUCUUGUUUUCAACUCAAGAAACUGGUGCUUAAUUGUUUCACUUUUUUGAAGUACCAUGUCACGUUCUUUCAGAUGGCAUGACAGAAGUCUUUUAUAUCCUUCUAUGUGCUUUUAUAUCCUGAAGUUGAUGGUCAGACAAGAUGGUCUUGGUGGUCUUUUUCUAACCUUGGUGAUUCUUUCAUUCUAUGAAGAUCCAGGCCUUUAAAGCAGUACAGAUGGGCUUCUGUAAGGCCCUAUAGUCACAACACUUCCUGUUUCAUGUUCUACUGGCUCCAUUCAGUACCACCAUGGUGAUGUUUUCAUCCUGUAGAAAUAUGUUUGUUAACAAGGAAAUGACAGAAUAUCUCAUUUACUGUGGCUUUGAUGAUCGCUUUUGAUGCUUCUGAGUGGAGCCACAGUUGUUAACCAAGAGCAAGAGCAGAGUGAAGACACAUCAGUGUUCAAGAGAGAAGUCUGUAGAAAUCUAACAAGGAUGUCAAGGAGCUUGUUCUCUGUUAGGUACUUAAUAACUCCACUGACUUGGCAUCGGUAAAGCUUGUGGUACUUGGCAUUACCAGAAAAUAAAACGAACAAACAAGCAAAAAAAAUCCAGCAUUAUUCUCUGAUAGGUUUGCAGUGAUUAAGUCAGUAAAUCAUUAACUAGAAGAUAAUUACAGUUCAACACAACUCAGCAGAUAAAUUCAUCCCCUUCCUACAAAAGCAUAUUCAAGCUACAGCUUGGAGAAGGAGAAAGAGAAAGAGAAGGAGAGGGAGAAGGAGAAGGAGAAGGAGAAGGAGAAGGAGAAGGAGAAGGAGAAGGAGAAGGAGAAGGAGAAGGAGAAGACGGUUUUGCAGUCAGUGCUCUGUCCACAGGACAAUGACGCUGCGGCUUUGCUAUCCACUUGCUGCCGGGAUUUUUAUCCUCCUCGUUCCUGGCCUCUCUGAAGGAGGAAAACUCCUGGUGGUGCCCAUGGUUGGAAGCCACUGGCUGAGCAUGAAGGAAGUAGUUCAGAAGCUCGCCGAGAGGGGACAUGAAGUGGUGGUGCUUAAACCAGAAGUAAGCUGGCAUACGGGAGAGGCACAAAAACACGCAUACACUGUGAAGACAUACCCAGUGUCCACCAAGUUAGAGGACCUGGAUAAUGCCUUUCAGCUGUUUCUUGCUGCUCACCUAAAGAGUUUGCCUUUCCCAGAGAAUGUUAUUGCACUGUACAAUAUUGCGAAGCAUGAAUUUGAGACCUUCUUUCUUCAGUGCAGAGAACUAUUUUUCAGUAGAGAAACAAUGCAGUACUUGAAUCAAAGCGGCUUUGAUGCCGUCCUCACAGACCCUCUUUUUAUGUGUGGAGCAACACUUGCUAAUUACCUUUCACUUCCAUUUGUGUUCUUCAUGAGAGGAAUGCCUUGCAAUCUACACUUUGAUGCAGCACAGUGCUCAAGCCCUCUGUCGUAUGUCCCCAGAACACUUUCAUUCAAUUCAGACCACAUGACAUUUUUCCAGAGAGUGGAAAAUACACUGAUUUCUCUCCUGGAGCUCUUUUACUGUAAUGGGUACUAUAGAGCUGCAAUACAGCUUUCCUCUGAAGUUCUUCAUAGAGAUGUAUCCCUGAUUGACCUCCUGAACUCUGCUUCUGUUUCAAUAAUGAGGUUUGACUUUGUGUUUGAGUAUCCCAGACCAGUGAUGCCCAAUAUGGUCUUUGUUGGAGGUAUAAACUGUGCUGAGAAGAAACCACUGCCUAAGGUAUGUUCAUUUUCUCAAAUUGCACAUUUCCCAAAGCAAUGCAAUUUCAUGGCUUAGGGAUGGUUAGCGUACUUGAUAUUAUUUUUCUUUCCAAAAUAUUUUAAUAGAUCUGGUUCUUGGCAUAUUGUUAUUCCGUGGUCUUUUGUGGUGGCAGAUGACUGUUCUUUGAAUUAGUAUUUUCAGAGAAAUCCAACAGUGUUUGUCUGCAUCUGCUGCAUGCUGCCCUCAAUGAGCACAUAUUGUUAUUCUGUCAGAUGCAAUUUUGGUUUCAUGUUCACGGAGUGUAGCAUGUAUUUCUUUAAUCGGAACGAUGAAAUGCAUUUCAUUGGUUCAGAAAUCAGUGUUUAAACUGUUUACGUUGUUUUAUUUUCAUAGUGGGAGGUUCCCUACCUGGCUGAUCAUUUUUUCGUAUGUGUUUCUUGACAUUUACUUUUAUCAGAAACGUUCUGCAGGAGCUCUAAAUACAUCUGUCUUGUUAAUUCAAUUUAUAGCUUUGGACGUUUCUUACUAGUCAUGGAGGAGGACACACACUUCUUUCCUGUGACAUUUCCUCCUCACUUCUGAAGUGUGGUCACACAGUAUGACUACAUGAUUGCACCACCGUUUCUAUGAGUUGAAUUUCUUUUCUUUCUUCAUUUAUAUUCUUUGAUUAUCUUAUUCUUAUUCACUGAGGCAAAUACAGAGUAAGCUGGUUGCAAACGUUUUCCUGUGUUUGACUGAAGAGAGUGGUAAUUAAUUACUUUAGAUUCAAAACGCACCAUGACACGCUCGCACUGAUUGCAUGACUGAAGUUUUUUAUAUGCUUUUACUUACGUUUCUAUCCUGACAGCCUCAGGGUGCCGACACUUUGUAGCUCACUUCUUUUAAAAUGAUUAUAACUAUUCCCCCUGUAUUUUAUUCCCGAUGUCUUCCAUCUUCAUAACGAUGUUUGUCAUUGAGUGGAAAUGGUGCUUUCUGCAUGUUUAAAAACCCUGUGUAUUCUUCCAGUAUAUCUAAAGAAAAUUGUGGCAUUUGUCCUGUUUGCUUGGAGUGGUGCCCAGCAUCAAGGCUGUAAUGCAAUAGUGUGUAAACAUGCAAAGUAAGUCAUGUUCUGGAAAAAUAUCAGUCCAUAUGCACUGGGAUAAUCAGAAUUGAUGUUCAGAAACUACAUAACGUGACAAUAGAUAGUUGUAUGAGACCCAGUAUCCUGUUGUGCAGAAGGUAAGAGAACAAGAAAGUUGGGAUGACUAGGAAAGGGAAAGAGAAGAAAGCUGCCGAAUAAUUUCUUGGUAUAUCGUCAUUCUGAAUAUUGUCUUAUCCUUCAUCUCAGAAAAGGAAUUGUAUAACAGCAACACAGAUAGUGUCAGGAGACAGGUGUGGUAAGAGGCAUGAUCAAGAUCUACAUUCUUAACAACAGACUGUUAAUGACGUGGGGAAGAUUCCUAAGAAAUAACGGUUCAGUGCUACUUCCAAAAUAGGGAAGGAAGAAGAGAGACUGGGAAAAAUCCAGCAAUGGCUUAUUGAUAUAAGAACAACUACAAAAAGCUGAUUUUUUCUUUCUCUCAGGUUUACGACUGUCAUGAUAGUUAUAGAGUUCUGCUGAUGAAUUACAGGAGGAGAUUGUGUAAAUGAACUCCUAAAGGGAUGUGCAAUACAAAGACACAGAGUUAGGUUCAGGGGUUCUUGGGGUCAGUCUUGCAGGAGCCUGAGAGGCUAUUCUGUAUAUGGGCUGUUACUGCUUGCUUGUGGCAUUCCCCAGUGUCCUGUGGCAGUGCUGGGUAAGAGGAGCAUUUGGUGUAAUUCAGUGCCGUCGUACCUACCAAAAGUGGUGUGGAGGUGGGGAAGACAAGAGCCAUCAGCUGUCUGUGGGCUGCAUCGUGUGGAAGGUGUGAGACUGUGACACUGGGAGCCAAAGGCAAAGACAUGAGGAACAUGCUAAAAUGUACCCCUCCUUCCCUGCUUGCUUUGCUCAGAGAGAGGGCGAUGGUGAAUGCUACCGACCUGACCUACUGCUUACUGAACUGAACUGAGAACUGGAGAAUUCAUUCUGUAUUCCAGUUUGAGAUCCAAUAUGAGAUUUGGAAAUAGUUUACGUGAUUAAUCAGAAACCUCAGCCCUGUGCCCAGACUUCUGAUGAUAAAUGAUAAUGACAAUGAAACCACACCUGUGAAGGAUCAAUUGACUUCUAGCAGGCUCUUCAAAUUCACUUCUUCAGUAGUUUUCAAUGGGAUUUUCUUUGGGGUCUACAGACGUGGAACACGGUAGUUGCUUACCUAUUCUUUCAUUGCUACAUGGGUGAUUUUAAUGAUGAUCUUCCGGGAUGGUGGGAAACUUUUUGCACUGUCCAGUGUGAAAACCACAGGUUUUGCACGAGUCAUGUA